UUGUACCCUACUUAGCUCCAAUUAUUAGUUUAAUCUAAAGUAAUUUUUUUCCCUUUCCAAAUUUGGCUCCACUCACAAACAAUUAUAUCAAAAGAAGUAUAAGCAUUCCGCACCAUUCGAUAGCCAAAUCGUUGAGUUUAAUUUCUUUACUACAAUGCCUUCCAAUGACGAUGUGGUACUCAAAGAAGUGGAAGACUACUUCCGGCUCUACAAGAGCGGUCGUGUUGAGCGUUUCUAUGACAUACACGGGUCCUUCUACGUCCCACCAUCGCCACAAAACCCGUUAGCUGGUGUCUUCUCCAAAGACGUCACCAUCUCACCCCAUGUCUCUGUCAGACUCUACCUCCCAGAAAAUACCACAACCUUCCAGAAACUCCCCGUCUUAGUGUAUUACCACGGUGGCGGACUUUGCUUUGAAUCCGUUUUUUUUACUUGGAUUCACCGUUAUGCUAACUCUUUAGCAUCCGAAUUAAACGUUAUUGUUGUUUCUGUAGAGUACCGCUUAGCCCCAGAGGUUGAUGUGCCUACAAUUUACGAAGAUUGUUGGGCUGCACUUCAAUGGGUCGCGUUACACGAUGAUGAAAACUCAUUAACCACGAGCACUAAUAACAAAGAAUCGUGGUUAACGAAUUUUGGUGAUUUUAAUAAGGUGUUUUUAGUUGGGGACAGUGCUGGAGGCAAUUUAGUGUACCACAUGACUAUGAGGGCGGGAAAAGAAACGUUGAAUAAUAACGUCAAAAUUACUGGAUCGAUUUUUGCGUACCCAUAUUUUUUAAUCCGAGAUAUUGAAAUUGAUGAAGAAGGUUUGGCUUAUAAAAUUUGGGUCAAUAUUUGUCCCCCAUUAGAGCCUGAAAUUGAUAGCCCAUUGAUUAAUCCACUUUGUGAAAAGGCUCCAUCGUUACUUGGGUUGGGUUGUUCGAGACUUAUGCUGUGUAUGGGAAAAAAGGAUUACGUAAUUCCUAUAGAAAUUGGGCGUAAAUUUGUUGAAGAAGUGAAGAAGAGUGGGUGGAAUGGAAAAUUGGAAUUUGUUGAGAUUGAUGAAGGGCAUUCUUUUCAGAUUUAUAAACCUGAAACCGAGGAAGCUAAACGUAUGAUGAAGUGUUAUGCUUCUUUCAUCCAUCGCCAGUAAAGGCGAUUCGAUACAUAAAGCAUUCCGCAGAAUUUGAAGAAGUGUCAUAUCUCAAGGGUUCUAACAAACAAAAUUUGCUACACACAGUGUGUUGGAUUUGUAACUUUUUUUCUUUGUUUGCUUCAAUUCUCUUUUUAUCUUAAUUGUUGUCAUUGAUCCAGUGGCUCACAUCCGGAAUAGUAUUUAUAAAAUCAUUUUGCUAUGUUCAAA